UCAACACAGCAAUAAAGAAAUUGCAGAUAAGAAAAAAAAAACAGUUACAGGGGAAAGAGAGAAGAGAACAAACUGUGAGAGAGAUGGAGUUUCAUCGAUGGGUUCAUGUUGUGGUUCUUAUUAUGGCAUGCAUUUCCCCGGCAAUCGUCGAGUGCAAAGUUCGGAAGUACACAUUCAAUGUGGUGAUGAAGAACACCGCAAGAUUGUGCUCGAGCAAGCCCAUCGUCACAGUGAACGGGCAGUUCCCAGGACCAACACUCUACGCCAGGGAAGGUGACAAUGUGCAGGUGAAGGUUGUUAACAAUGUCAAGUACAAUGUCUCCAUCCACUGGCAUGGAAUCAGGCAACUCCGAACAGGUUGGGCAGAUGGACCGGCAUACAUAACACAGUGCCCCAUCCAGACAGGGCGAAGCUAUGUGUACAACUUCACCAUCACAGGACAGAGGGGCACGCUCCUAUGGCAUGCACACGUCCUGUGGCUGAGGGUCACUGUGCACGGGGCGAUCGUAGUAUUGCCCAAGCGCGGGGUGCCGUAUCCCUUCCCUAAACCCCACAAGGAAGUCAUCGUCAUACUUGGUGAGUGGUGGAAAUCAGACACUGAAGCAGUGAUCAAUGAGGCUCUCAAGUCAGGGCUUGCGCCGAAUGUGUCCGACGCUCAUACCAUUAAUGGCCAUCCUGGACAAGUUUCCAACUGCCCUUCACAAGGCGGAUUUACAUUGCCAGUUGAGAACGGGAAGACCUAUAUGUUGCGGAUCAUCAAUGCUGCCCUCAAUGAGGAGCUCUUCUUCAAGAUCGCUGGGCACAAGUUGACAGUGGUGGAAGUUGAUGCCACCUACGUGAAGCCCUUCAAGAUCGACACAAUUGUGAUAGCUCCGGGGCAGACCACUAACGUCCUUGUCACGGCCGACAAGAGCUCCGGCAAGUACCUGGUGGCAGCCUCCCCAUUCAUGGACUCACCGAUCGCAGUCGAUAAUAUGACAGCGACCGCCACCCUGCACUACUCGGGUACCUUGGCCAACACCCAGACGACCCUCACCAUCCCGCCACCAAAGAAUGCGACAGCAGUGGCCAACAAUUUCAUAGAGUCCCUUCGGAGCUUGAACUCGAAGAAGUACCCAGCACGUGUCCCAAAGACCGUCGAUCACAAUCUGUUCUUCACCGUAGGACUGGGAAUCAACCCUUGCCCUUCUUGCAAGGCAGGCAACGGAAGCAGAGUGGUUGCUGAGAUCAACAAUGUCACUUUUGUGAUGCCAACCACUGCCCUUCUUCAAGCAUAUUUCUUUAACAUCAGCGGAGUGUUCACCACUGAUUUUCCGGCAAACCCACCGUUCCAAUUUAACUACACUGGCACUCCCCCAUCAAAUUUGCAGACUAGCAGAGGGACCAAGGUCUACAGGCUAAGGUACAACUCAACGGUUCAACUUGUGCUGCAAGAUACCGGGAUAAUUGCGCCAGAGAACCACCCCAUUCACCUUCACGGGUUCAAUUUCUUUGCCAUCGGGAAGGGGCUGGGGAGCUACAACCCCAAGAAGGACCCGAAGAAGUUCAACCUUGUUGACCCGGUCGAGAGGAACACGAUUGGUGUACCUUCUGGGGGAUGGGUAGCCAUAAGAUUCAGAGCCGACAAUCCAGGGAUCUGGUUCAUGCAUUGCCAUUUGGAAGUCCACACGACAUGGGGACUGAAGAUGGCAUUCCUAGUGGACAAUGGAAAAGGCCCGAAUCAAUCACUUCUGCCGCCCCCAAGUGAUCUUCCCAAAUGUUGAUCCAUCAGAAAAAAGCAUAAGCAGAGAGAAGAAAUUCAAUUCGUUAUUAUUAUUAUUAUUUUUCCUUGUGAAAUUCAACAGAGUCAUUUAUUUGUUUGCCACGUCCGAAUAAAUUCGAGAGAAGAAAAUUUGCCUUCUCGGGACCCCCAAUUUUCUUAUCCUCCAAUUAUUUUAGAGAAAUCUAUAGAAUUUGAAAUUUCAUAAUU